CAAAGAUGUUCAACGGUUCUCCAUUCUUCACCGGUGACACACCUCUCUACCCAUCAAACCGUCGUACUCCCCAGACUUUCUUUCGCCCUCCGUACAACUACUAUGACACCGAAGACGAUGCUUACAUGCGUGCCCUAGCCGCGCAUGAGCAGCGAGAGAGGGAAGCAGCAACACGUUCUGCUUAUGGACCGUUUGGCUUCGCCCUUCCCAACCCUGUGGAAGAAGAAGAAGAAGAAGACGAGGGGGUGUACAUCCCUCGUGGAAGACGGGGGAAUUAUGACGAUGCGCUUUUCGCUCGCCGGAGAGCAGAACACGAGCGACAGCUCAGGGAGAGUGCGCACCACCGGCAUCUGGUGGAACAGAGGCGCCUUGCGGAGGAGGAACGACUCGCUAGGUCGCAACAGCAUCAGCAUGCUGCCCAUUUACGAGCUCAGCAGUUGCACGCGGAGCAGAUGAGGAAGAGGAAGAGUCCGUCACCGGCUUCUAUUCCUGUUCCUCUUCCUACGAGACCUGCUGCCAGAGCCCAACCUCCACCCAGACCCACACCACCCACUCUGGAACAGACAGAAGCUGCUGCCAACACCAUCCAAGCUGCCUACCGUGCGCAUCAGCAGCGCACACGCGCGCAUGCAUCGCUAGACGCCAUCUCCCGCAAAGUCACUUCCCUCUUAUCUUCAUUCCAAAUGCCGCCGACGCUCGACUUUGACCUCUCCGCACCGUCUGCACCCUCUUUUGCGGAAGAGGAUGGCGAGGGGGAAACCGUUCCGAAACUGUUAUAUAACGCGCAGAACACACCCGUGCAUGCGCAAGAGCACGCUCUCACGCAACUGCUGCAGAAACUGGACGGUGUGGAGAGUAACGGUGACCUCGGAGUGCGGGGAAGGCGGAAGGGCCUCGUAGGCAAGAUCGAGCGAGCUCUGAGAGAGAUGGAGGGUGCAAUCCGGGCUGCUUGGGGGAGGCAACAUGGUGCGGGUGCGGUUCCCCUCGAGCCUGAGAUGGGUGGACUACCAGCGGGACCCGGAGCUGGAAAGAGAACAGGGGGGGAUGAUGCUGGGCCUCGACGUGCCCACCACGGUGCACACCAUCCCCACCAUUCCGGACAUCAGCACAGGAGAGGAAAGCACCAUGCAGAUGGACCGAGACCCUUCGGGUUCUAAUGCGGGAGAUGAAUCUCUGGAAGAACUGGAGGGAUGGGUGGACGUGCGGCCUGAGGACGUGUGGGAGACGGUCCGAGCGUGACAUGUCACACACCGCAAGGGAGGAAGCGGAGACGGCUGAUGAGCAGGAGGUGGAGGACGAACUUGCCAGUACUGCUCCUACCCCCACACCGGUCAUCGAACCGCCCGAACCGGCAGAUGCAGAGAUGGAUGACGCUGACAGGGCUUCAGAAGGGACACUCACGGAGCCGGAACGGGAGGGGCUGACGACUGCCGAAGAGCCGUCUAUGGACGCGUCACUAGACUUGAAGGUGCCUGUGAGGAUCUCUAGUCCUGCAAAGGGAAACGAGAAGCUGGGGUACGGGGAGUGGAAAGUGUUUAUCCCGUGAUUUUGUACUGAAAAUACGUGUACGAUAUAUCUGCUGUCUGGGGGGAAAAAGCAUCAAAUGAAA